AUGUUGUUAAAAGCCCUGGGAGGACCCGGUAAAGUGUUUUGGAAGCAAGCCAGCAAAGUGGUCACAGCCGAUGUGGUUGGCACACAUAAAGUGGAUGAGGUCAUGAAUGUUAUCAAAAAAGAAUGGCAAGAAAAAAAUACUCGAUUAUUUGCCAUUGUUUAUAUUAACAGGCGGCAGUUCAAAGUUUCCGAGAAUGACUUAAUUGUGUUAUAUGGUAAUGUACCGCUUGAUAUUGGCGAUAAAAUCAAUCUUGAAAAGGUUCGUUUCUUGAAUAGCGAAUAUCCGGAGUUGUAG